CUAGUUAAGGAAAUGUGAGGCGUGCACCUAACUCUAUAAAACGAGCGUAAGAGUACAAAACAUACGACGCCAUUAAUUGUUCACAAAUUGGUUUUGCUCCCCUUUCCGUGAGCCAAUCACGCAGCACCUCCGGAGUGCCCCGUGGCCUGUCCGUCGGUCUCUCUCUCUCUCUCGUCUUAUUUAUUCAGCUCCUGGGACGGCCCCCCGAUUUGAAAGGCGCUCUGUUUUAUAGACGGUCUGCUCGGUGAGGGUCCCUGGGGUCACCUCCGAAGAAUUUCUCGCGCCGCCUUUCUAAGACUUUAAGAUGGAGCGUGGUGGCCUUGCAAGACUGGUGUCUCCACCCUGGUGGGCUUUGGCCCUGCUUCUGUGCACCUUGCAGACCCUCGUCAGUGGCUGUCCACACUACUGCUUCUGUGACAACAUCAACCUGGCAGUCACCUGCGUGAACAGGAACCUGACCGAGGUGCCCAUCACCAUUCCAGAGAUCACCAAGCGGCUAGAUGUGCGCAAGAACACCAUCAAAGAGAUUGCCAGCGGAGCUUUCCUGGUCCUCCCAUACCUCACUCAUCUGAAUCUGCAGCAGUGUGAGAUUCACACCAUCCAAGAAGGGGCUUUCAGGGGGCUCGGGCGGCUGGUCUACCUCAACUUGGGCUCCAACCUCAUCUCCAUCCUCUAUCAGGAGUCCUUUGAUGGCCUCAGUUCCCUACAGCAGCUAAUUGUAGAAAAGAACCGCAUUGAAGAAAUACAGCCUGGAGCCUUCUCCCAGCUCGGCUUCUUGAAUUUUCUAAACCUCGGCGAGAACUUUCUGGUCUUCCUGCCCAACUUGGUCUUCCAGGGCUUGCAGAAUAUUAAAUGGAUCCGCCUGUCGCACAACUCCCUCAAUAACCUGGCAGAAGAAACCUUUGCGGGGCUCUUCACUUUGAAAAGGCUCAGCCUGGACCACAACGAGCUGCAGUUCUUCCCUACACAGACUCUGUCCAGAUUGACGGAACUUGUACGACUUGACUUUGGUACAAAUCCCAUAACCUACCUAGGAGAAGAAGCUGUUGCCAUGCCCAAGCUGAAGCAACUCUUCCUGGAUAACAUGUCUCUUCAGGACAUUUCUUACACCUCCUUGGAGAAGGCUCCUCAGUUGACAAUGGCAGACUUCAGUAAAAACCAGCUUCGAGUACUUCAGCCCUUGAUGGGCCCAGAGAAGCUGGUCAAGGUUAACUUGACUGGUAACCCUAUUUUAUGCAACUGCUACAUGCGUCCAUUCCGGGAGUGGAUGGGUAGCAAACAUGUUCGAGUGGAGGCAGCUUGUUUUGGCCCAUCAGCAUUCCGGGGGGAAAGACUCGAUUCCAUGCGACCUAUUGACCUACGCUGUGAUAGUCGGGCUGCAAUUGAAGAACAAGAGCGGCAGGAGCUGCUGAUUUAUCUGACCCCACCACCUGAACCAGACAAGGAUAAAAUCAAGUGCCCCGAGUCGUGCGACUGUAAAACCGAGCUCCAACACUCGACAUGCGAGGGCAAGAACCUUCGGAAGAUACCAAAAGGGUUCCCCGAGGACACUAAACUUCUAGAUUUAAGACGCAAUGAUUUCUUUUACGUGCCCAAAAAUGCUUUCUCCACCAUGCGUAACGUGGUGUCUCUCCAUCUCCAGAAGUGUCAGAUUAGUGAACUUGAACCUAGUGCAUUCAACGGAAUGAAGAAGCUGGUCUAUCUUUACCUCUCAGAGAAUGAACUCUCAACGAUCAACCCCACUGCUCUACAGGGAAUCCCUCAGCUGACUUACCUCUAUCUGGACAGAAAUAAGUUUUCUGUGUUUCCCAUGGGAGCUUUUAAGCUCGUUCCAAAUCUGUUUUCUCUCCACUUGCAGUACAACUCUAUCGCUCACUUGCCUGAUAAUUCCCUAGAGCAAGCCAAAAAGUUGCGUUGCCUCUACCUAACUGGCAACCACCUUUCCUUCAUGGCCCCUAAUUCCCUGGCUGCAGCUGAUGACCUCGAAAAACUUUUCCUUGAUGACAAUCAGCUCAAUGAGGUUCCCACCCAGGCGCUCGGUUCAUCCCCCAUCCUCGAUGAGCUGCGGCUUUCUGGAAAUCCCAUUCGCUGGGUGGGCACUGGAGCCUUCCUGCCUAUGGCUAACUCCUUGAGACACCUCUACUUGAACAGAAUGGGGCUGGAGAAGCUCUCCAGCAGUGCCUUCAGCGGUCUGGGCAGAGGGAUCAAGAGCCUCUACUUGGAAAACAACCAACUGGAAAACCUGCCAUCGCUCACCAACUUCACUGGCUUAGAGAUCAUCAACCUGGCAGACAACCCGCUGCACUGCGACUGCUCAUUGCUGCAUCUCCACAAGUGGAUUGAUAAGGUAAAUCUGAAGGUACGAGCAAGCUGUUCUAGUCCACCAGAGAUGCAGGGACGCAAAGUCAAGGAUGCUGAGGUGUUCAAGAAUUGUUCAGGAGUGAACCCAGAAAAGGACAAACCCAAAGAGAGCAAAGAAAAGGCUGGUAAAGCUGAGGGAGCAUCUCCUAAACCUGAGGACCAGAAGCUUAAAACGGUUAAGAGCACCACGCCUGGCAAACGGAGCCCAAAAGUGCAGACAAAGAGACCUGUGCUUAAAAAAAAUGAAGAUCAGUUCAAAACUGACUACCAAGCGGGCAAUCCAUCUACUGUCAAACCAAAUCAAAAGCCAAAGAAAACUUAAAAGCCCAGCAGCCAUGCUUUGCAAGUAGGCCACUUAGUAUUGCUGCUUAAGCUUUUUACUGAAAUAAAAGCAGCAGAGGCCAGUGGGUAAAACUGUCAAGAUACGCUUAUUUGUUUCUUAAUAGGGAGACUGUGGUCACUGCAUACCUGAGGACAAUUUUAAACAGCAGGACACCUUUAAUUUCUACUUGUGUGUGGCACAUUGAAACAUCAAAUGGUCAAGAAGAGAAAAGUUUAUCUUAAAUGAUCAUUGAAAAGACCCCUCAUCUUGAUAGGCUUCAUUCAUUAAGCUGUGAAACACCGAUUUCAUAAAAUAAUCUUUUUUGCACCA